AUGUUGAAUUAUCUCAUAGCAAAAUACAAUAAACCUCAGGUGUUUCUAAUUAAUGGGGCUACCAUGGGAGGUGGGGCUGGACUUUCCAUGAAUGCAAGAUACAAAAUUGUUACAGAAAAUACGGUAUUUGCUAUGCCAGAAGCAGCAUUAGGUCUUUUUCCAGAUGUUGGCGCAUCUUACUUUCUGUCCAGGCUUCCUGGAUAUUUCGGGGAAUAUCUUGGCCUUACCGGUGCGAGAUUGGAUGGGGCUGACAUGCUAGCUUGUGGUCUUGCAACUCACUUUGUUUUGUCAAAGGACCUGCCUUCGCUGGAAAAAUCAUUAUAUGAAGUGGAUACGGCUGAUCCAAUUAUAAUCCAAGGAAUCAUCGCCAAGUAUGUGCAACAAACACCUCUCAAGGAAGAGAGUGCUUUUCGAAGGCUAGAUGUCAUCAACAAGUGUUUCUCAAAGCAAUCGGUGGAAGAAAUCCUAUCUUGCUUGGAACAACAAGUCAUAAGUCGAAAUGAAAAGUGGAUUACUACAGCAAUCAAGUCAAUAAAUACGGCAUCACCGAUAAGUCUUAAGCUCUUCCUUUUAUCGAUCAGGAAAGGACGGUCGGAAGAUCUUGAACAAUGCCUGAUUCGAGAAUACAGGAUGCUUUCUCAUGUCUUUCGACGAACAGUGAGCAACGACUACUUCGAGGGAGUCAGGGCAAAAUUUCUGGAUAAAGAUAACAAUCCAAAGUGGGAACCUUCAAAGUUGGAAUUGGUUAGCAAUGAGAUGCUGAAGAAAUUUUUGACCAAGUUAGAUGAAGAUGAAGCGUGGGAAGACCUCCAACUUCCUUCCGAACAUAGACACACCAACCCACGCAUAGCUAAACUGUAG